AUGCCCACCUCGCCCACAGCAUGCCCACCUCGCCCACAGCAUGCCCACCUCGCCCACAGCAUGCCCACCUCGCCCACAGCAUGCCCACCUCGCCCACAGCAUGCCCACCUCGCCCACAGCAUGCCCACCUCGCCCACAGCAUGCCCACCUCGCCCACAGCAUGCCCACCUCGCCCACAGCAUGACCACCUCGCCCACAGCAUGUCCACCUCGCCCACAGCAUGCCCACCUCGCCCACAGCAUGACCACCUCGCCCACAGCAUGCCCACCUCGCCCACAGCAUGCCCACCUCGCCCACAGCAUGUCCACCUCGCCCACAGCAUGUCCACCUCGCCCACAGCAUGCUCACCUCGUCCACAGCAUGUCCGCCUCGCCCACAGCAUGCUCACCUCGCCCACAGCAUGCCCACCUCGCCCACAGCAUGACCACCUCGCCCACAGCAUGCCCACCUCGCCCACAGCAUGUCCACCUCGCCCACAGCAUGUCCACCUCGCCCACAGCAGUGUCCUCGCAGCGCCCUCGCUGGCUCCUUCAAGCAACUGACUCUUCGAUUUUAAAUUUCCCGGGCGAGGAAAAUGACUUGCUGGCAGUAUUGGCAAUUUGCGCGGACAAUAACAGUAUUAACGGUAGUGGCCACAACGGUAGUGGCCACAACGGUGGUGGCCACAACGGUAGUGGCCACAACGGUAGUGGCCACAACGGUAGUGGCCACAACGGUAGUGGCCACAACGGUAGUGGCCACAACGGUGGUGGCCACAACGGUAGUGGCCACAACGGUAGUGGCCACAACGGUAGUGGCCACAACGGUAGUGGCCACAACGGUAGUGGCCACAACGGUAGUGGCCACAACGGUGGUGGCCACAACGGUGGUGGCCACAACGGUGGUGGCCACAACGGUGGUGGCCACAACGGUAGUGGCCACAAUAACGGUUACAAAGCGAACUGUGCACAGGGCCUCCUCUCGGAGGUCAAGGGCCCCCUCGGAGGUCAAGGACCCCCCUCGGAGGUCAAGGACCCCACUCUGAGGUCAAGGACCCCCCCUCGGAGGUCAAGGACCCCCCUCAGAGGUCAAGGACCCCCCUCGGAGGUCAAGGACCCCCUCUCGGAGGUCAAGGACCCCCUCUCGGAGGUCAAGGACCCCCCUCGGAGGUCAAGGACCCCACUCGGAGGUCAAGGACCCCCUCUCGGAGGUCAAGGACCCCCUCUCGGAGGUCAAGGACCCCCCCUCGGAGGUCAAGGACCCCACUCGGAGGUCAAGGACCCCCUCUCGGAGGUCAAGGACCCCCCCUCGGAGGUCAAGGACCCCCUCUCGGAGGUCAAGGACCCCCUCUCGGAGGUCAAGGACCUCCCCUCGGAGGUCAAGGACCCCCCUCGGAGGUCAAGGAUCCCCCCUCGUAGGUCAAGGGGCCCCCGAAGACGCUUGGAUACCAUAGGAAAUUAUGGAAUAAUUUGGUCUAGAUUGAGCCGAGGCGUGUGGCGGCGGGCGCGCUCCCUGCAGUGCUCGGGUUGA